AAGAAGAAGAAGAAAAAAAUAAUAAUAAUAAUCAUGUCUUUAUCGAGUUUUCUACCUAUGCCGACCCAGUUGUCCCAGGACCAGCUGGAGGCUGGCGAGCGGCUCCAAGCCCAGAUGUCCCACUGCACCUCCUUGGUUUUGUCCCGUAGAGAUCCUCCUCCUUAUGGGCACAGACAGGGCUGGGUCCCUCGCUCCCUGGAGGAUUUUGGAGAUGGAGGAGCAUUCCCAGAAAUCCAUGUGGCGCAGUUUCCUCUGGAGAUGGGGAGGAAGAAAAGGACAUCCAAUGCUCUGGCUGUCCAGGUGGACGCAGAAGGCAAAAUUAAAUAUGAUGCUAUAGCCAGACAAGGACAGAGCAAGGAUAAGGUCAUCUUCAGUAAGUACACAGAUCUGCUGCCAAAAGAAGUGAUGAAUGAUGAAGCUCCUGAGCUCCAGAGGCCAGAAGAGGACGCUGUCAGAGAGCUGACAGAGAAGACCCGGGUUGCUCUAAACAAACAGGUGACUCAGAAGAUCGCAGCAGCCAUGCCCGUGAGGGCUGCGGACAAACAGGCCCCUGCACAGUACAUUAGGUACACGCCAUCCCAACAAGGAAUGGCCUUUAAUUCCGGGGCCAAGCAACGGGUGAUCCGUAUGGUAGAAAUGCAGAAAGACCCCAUGGAACCACCACGUUUUAAAAUCAACAAGAAGAUCCCACGAGGGCCUCCAUCUCCUCCUGCUCCUGUCAUGCAUUCUCCAAACAGAAAGAUGACUGUGAAGGAGCAGCAGGAGUGGAAGAUUCCUCCUUGUAUUUCCAACUGGAAGAAUGCUAAAGGCUACACCAUCCCAUUGGACAAACGUCUAGCUGCUGAUGGCAGGGGGCUGCAGACAGUCCACAUUAAUGAAAACUUUGCCAAACUGGCCGAGGCACUGUACAUCGCAGAUAGAAAGGCCAGAGAAGCAGUGGAGAUGAGAGCUCAAGUGGAGAAGAAGAUGGCCCAGAAGGAGAAGGAAAAGAAGGAGGAGAAGUUGAGGGAGCUGGCCCAAAUGGCCCGAGACCGCAGGGCCGGCAUCAAAUGUCACAGCGACAAAGCAGGUGGCGAGGAUGGUGAAGCCAGGGAGCGUGACGAGAUCCGCCAAGACCGAAGGAAAGAGAGGCAGCAUGACAGGAACAUUAGCAGGGCUGCUCCCGAUAAGAGGUCAAAGCUGCAGAGAGACCAGGACAGGGACGUCAGCGAACUUAUCGCUCUGGGAUUGCCAAACCCUCAGAGCUCCAAUGAGGCCCAGUAUGACCAGCGACUCUUCAAUCAGAGCAAGGGGAUGGACAGCGGUUUUGCUGGAGGUGAGGAUGAGACGUACAACGUGUACGACCAGCCCUUCAACAGUGGCAGAGACAUGGCCCAAAAUAUCUAUCGUCCAAGCAAGAAUCUGAACAAGGAUGCCUAUGCAGACGACUUCGAUGCACUCACGCGUGACACAAGAUUUGUUCCAGACAAAGGUUUUUCUGGUGUGGAACAUGGGCAGAGGCGGGAGGGACCUGUGCAGUUUGAGGAGGAUCCUUUUGGUCUUGAUAAAUUCUUGGAGGAGGCAAAGCAACAUGGUGGCUCUAAGAGGCCGUCAGCCAGCAGCCGCUCCAAGGAGGAUUACCACGGCAAAAAACGCAGGAAGGAGUGACGGCCGAGUGAUGUUGGCAUCCCAUUAGACUGAUUGUGCCCUUGGUCUAUGUGUCUACACAUUUUUGGUGAAUUUAAAAUAUACCAGCAAGGUU